GAUCGAUGGUGGAAGGGUGGAGGGUGCUUUUUCUUGCUCUUGCUCUUUUUGUUUCGUUUUAUGUUCACCAUUUGGUGCUUUGUGUUGCUCGUUGUCGUGCUGUGUACUGUCUGGUUGUCAAUGUGUGUCUACUAUAUCUUUAUAUCUUUAUACGGCUGCGCGCGGAGUACAAGGCGCGAGCGAACUCUACCUACUAUGCCGAAGGUAACUUCCUAUCUAGCGCUCUAUACGAUUAGGCAGGAGGUAGUAGGGGUGGUCAAAAUAUCCAAAGGAGGUAGUCAAAUUAUCUGGCGCCAUGUAAAAAUUGCGAGUGCUUCCAAAACUGGCUACAUAAAACCCCU